AUGAGUGAAUCAGAUUUCGAUGUUGUGGUUUUGGCGGUGAAACCUGCGAUGGCUCGUGAAGCCAUUGGGUCCUUGCCGGGCACAGUCUUGUCACGGGCUGUUCUGGUGUCGGUGAUGGCUGGUGUUGGAUGUAGCGAAAUGAGUGACGCAGCGGGCAAUUGCGCGCCGGUGGUUCGCGCGAUGCCAAAUACAGCCGUCAUGGUGAACCAGGGAUGUACGGGCCUCUUCAGCACCACGCUCGUGGACCCGGCAAAGCGUGGGCAAAUCCAAAAGCUGUUCGAAGCUGUCGGCAUUGCCGUAUGGCUUGAGCGCGAAGCUCAGGUAGAUGCGGUCACAGCCAUCAGCGGUAGCGGCCCAGCUUAUUACCACUUGUUCAGCGAAGCCUUGGCAAACGCAGGUGUCGAGCUUGGCCUGCCCAUCGAGUUGGCGCGUCAACUCGCGGCCCAAACAGCCCUGGGUGCCGCAACGCUGCAAUGCCAACCACAGGCUGACUUUGCCGCGUUGCGCGAGGCAGUGACUUCGCCAAACGGAACGACAGCGGCCGCCAUCGCCAAGUUUGAAGAAAACGAUCAGCUCCGACGACUUGUGAUGUUAGCCGCGCAAGCCGCUCAUGCCCGGAACAUGGCCAUUCAGAUGUUGGUCGCUCUCGUAGCCGGGAGUGCCGUAGGGGCACUCUUGCCACAAUUUGCGAGUGACUUGAGCCCUCUGUCGGCGGCCUUCAUGAAGCUGAUCAAAGCCUUGGGGAUCGCCAACAUUGGUAAGGGCGCCAAUGUUGGCCGUCUUGGCUUGCGAGCGAUUAUCUACUUCGAAGUCUUGACGACGCUCGCUAUGGCGAUGGGUCUACUGGUAUCCAGGUUGUUCGAGCCCGGUGCGGGCAUGAACAUCGAUUACCACACGUUGAAUACCAACGCGAUUUCAUCGUUCGUUGCAACCGCGGAGCAUCGCACUACGGUCAGCUGGUUGCUUUCAAUUAUUCCCGACACAUUCCUGUCGGCGUUUAUCAAUGGCAACCUCUUGCCUAUCUUGCUGAUGGCAGUGAUGUUCGGCAUGGCCCUGUUGAAGAUGGGGGCGCGUGCCAGCAGUCUCGUGGACAUGAUGGAAAAAAUGUCCGAAGCAGUGUUUGGUAUGGUCGGCAUGGUCAUGAAGUUUGCACCGUUGGCGGUGUUCGGUGCGAUCGGUUACACCAUCGGCAACUAUGGAUUGGCAUCCAUGGUUCCGCUUUUGAAGUUCCUGGUAUUGUUUUAUGCCUGCUGCGUUGUGUUCAUCGCACUGGUGUUGGGGUCUGUAUGCCUAUACACACGUGUGAGUCUGUGCCGAUUGAUCAUGUACUUGCGCGUGGAGAUUUUAUUGGCUUUUGGCACGGCUUCGUCCGAGGCAGUGCUGCCCAAUAUCAUGAAAAAGCUGGUUGAAGGUGGUGUAAAGAAACACGUGGUUGGUUUUGUUAUUCCAGCCGGUUUCUCGUUCAACCUUGACGGUUCAUCCAUGUACUUCGUCAUGGCGAUUAUGUUCGUCGCUCAGGCCUGCAACGUACCGCUUACGCUCUCUCAGGAGCUGAGCAUGAUCCUUGUCUUCAUGUUGACAUCGAAAGGCAUUGCGGGGGUGGCGGGAGCUGGCUUCGUCACUUUGGCGGCCACGCUACAGAUGUUCCCCAAGUUCCGCUCGCCGGCAUCGUAUUGCUGCUGGGUAUCGAUCGUUUCAUGGACGCCAUGCGUACCG